CAGGAGCAGCAGCAGACGCAGCAACUUCAACGUCAGCAGCAAGAAGCGGCAGCUGGGGCCGCAGCCGCGGCGGAGUCGGCGGUCGGCGGGUAUGAGGCACGGCUGGCCGACGGCAUGGCUGGUUUAUCCGUGGAGGGGCUCGGUGGGUCGUCUGCGGUGGCCGGGGGCAACAACCUGGGUGCCGGUGCGGCGUCGGGGGCGCCGGGUGCGUUGCAGCUUGUGAUGUUCAGCAAGAUAACGAGAAUCUCGUUGCGAAAGUAUCGGCUUUGGAGCAAUUCCUGCAGCAGUUGCUAAACAACCAAGGUAGGGGCGCGGGUUCGCACGUGGUCGGCCCGCAUGCUGCUGAUGGCGCGGGAGCCGCGGUGGCGGUCGGUGCGGGUCUUGGUGCAGCUGCUGCUCCUGGGUCGGACGCUGAUCGCCAGCGUCGCUUCGCAAAAGCGGAAUUCGAGAGUACCGCUUCUGCUUGGCGUGCGGGACGUUUGAUGUGGGCGCUGCGUGGUAAGCGGGGAAUUGACGUUCCCAACAAAGAGACCCUGCAAACGAUGAUGGGGGGGACCGUUACCGGCACCGACAAGACCUUGCAGCAGCUUCGGACCAUGUCCGGACUGAACGUCCUCGACUUCUUUCCCGUUGGCAAUUCUGGUGAGCUGUCAGUCCCGGACCACUUCGAUUUGACCUGUGCUGCGAUCGUUAACGUGUUGAAAUUUGGUCUCUCUGCCACCUCCGCGGACAACGCUGCAGCUCUGGCGCGCUUGCUGCCCAUGGAGCAGGCCAUGCUUUCGGCGCGGGGUACGCUGCGCAUGCAAGCCCUCCGUCAUAUGGGCGAUUUUCAGGGGAGGGGGUCGCGGGGGACCUUCGCCGACCUCCCCAACGACGAUUUUCGGGAAUGGGCAAAUGCGGUAAUGUUGUGGAUGUUACCGAUGCAGAAUUUGCCGGUGCCGCCGGAGUCUUUCGAGCGCUUUGGCCCCCCGCCGGUUCCUCGGUUCGAUGGCAUCAACGGCUUCUCCAUGUCCGGGAGCAUUGCGCUACGGAUGUUCGGGACUGUGGGUGGUGGAGGGUCUUCUGGAUCGAGUGGGGGUAAGAGACGGCGGGGGGACUCCCGCUCCGCGGGUGGGGACUCCAAACGCCGGUCGAAAGUGUGUUUCGAAUAUCGCGACUCCCAAACAUGCAGGUGGGGCGACUCCUGCGUGUUCCGCCAUGCGACUGGGGGCGGCAAGGGUGGCGGCGGCGGUGGGGGUCGCGCUUCGGGUGGAGGGGGAGCCUCGGGCGCCGCGACCGAUGGCGGAAGCGGCUCCUCGGCGUUGGUCGUUCGCCGGGGAGAUGGCAGCAACUGAGGACACGGGCUCUGCCUUUCGGCGGGGCCAACUCCACAGUCGUGUGGGAGCGUAGAUCAGACAGCGGGGCCGGGUUCCAGAGCGCUUGGGGCCGCCGCGUUGGCGGCGGCGGGCGUGGGUGUCGGUCGAGGGGCGUGUGUGCCCGGGGCUGUCUCUUCGUUGCGACCAGGUGAUGUCUCGUUUAGGUCGAUAGCGGGUUCGCGUGAACUUUGCGAAUGGCGAUCUCGUGUGUCUGCUUUGGCAGCGGUGUGUCCACCCUCCGAUAUGGGUGUGGGUCUUAGUGAGGUGGCUUCCGCUGGUUCCGCCUUGCUUAGACAGUGUGGGGGGCGCAUUGAAGUGCUCGUGGCGGCCGGUGGUGCCGGCUUCUUUGCGCCCCAUGUCAAUGUUGCGUCGGUUCGUGAAUUUUUUGGGGUCUCGAAACGUUUUCCGCAAAUUGACAACCUCCUCCGCGUGUUGUGUCCUGGCGCGCCGGUCGAUGUCGCGCCGGGGGGGUGUCUAGACGCCGAAUUAAAAUACGGCAACCAUUCCAGCAUUUUACCAUACACUCCGCAAAUCAUUGACAAGAUCGUAAGAUCGAAAGCAUCGAGAAAAGGGAGGGUAUUCAGGGCAGGGGGGGUA